AUGACAGCUAAUAAAGAAAACGAACAAAAUGAACCUCGUGAUAAGAGACAAGAACAUGUGUUUGGAAAUAUGCGAUUAAGAAGAAUCGUAAAAGAGAAUCACGGUCAAGACAUCAACCAGAUUGCUUUUUUCUUCAACAACAAAAACUUUAGUGCACCAAGUGGUUUAGAUCUCAACAAGACAUUUGACAAAAGAGGAGCAGUACAGAGAAAUAGCACAGAUACAAGCAAUAUAUUAGCUACCGUGGGAGGAUGCGAGUUGAGUGUAUAUGAUAAUGAACAUUGUGGAGACCAUUUGGAUAUUAUGUCUAAUUUUGAUAUCACUGAAGAAGAUGGCAGUAGUCAUGAGCUUUAUACAUUUUGCUGGUUAUAUAGACAAGGAGAUGCAUGGUUAGCCACGGCGGGCGCAGACAGUUUAAUUCAUAUCCUGAGCUUGGCCAACUCACAAGAAGUUAAAGUACUGGAAGGGCAUAAAAAAACCAUUCUUGAUUUACAAUCACAUCCUCAAAAUGAUAAUAUCAUCCUGUCAACAUCAAAGGACGGCACACUGCGAUUAUGGGAUAUAGAUGCAAGUGCUUGCUUGGCUAUUUUUGAAUGCGAUGCUACAGCUUCGUGCUUCCACCCUUCAGGUACAAAGUUUAUCACUGGUAAUUCAAGAGGUGAAUUGCGUGAGUGGGAGAUUCCAACAGCGACAGGCAUGGAAGAUGAGCCUAUUACGAUAACAAAGAAGCAUUCGCGUCUACUAAAAAAAAUGCAUGGUGAUAACUAUAUUGAUUGUAUUCGUUUUGCAAAUAACAAUGUUUUAUCAAAAUCAAUCAAUGGCAAAUUGGAAUAUUGGGAACUAGAUACAGAAAAGACUAUCAAAUCUAUUAGGUUGAGAUCAGGUGAAAACUACUCUAGAUUCGAUAUCAGUUUAGAUGAAGCCUAUGUGUGUGUGGGUACAAGCAAUGGAUCAUUAUUCAUUUACAACCUACACACAGGCAAUAUGGUAUCAGAGUUGGGUCAUAGAAGAUCAACGAAGGCUAUUCGAUGUUGUGUAUUCUCUAGAGAUUGCAGGCAAAUUGUGUCUGCUGGUGAAGACGGGCUUAUUAUGAGAUACGACUAUAUUGAUGAUGAUACACUUGCUGAAUGGGCCAAUUGGAAAAAGGCGUAA